AUGGAAUGUACUUCACUUAAAAGUAUACCAAAAUCAUCACAAAAUUUAACACAUAGCAUAGAUGUCAAUGAUACAAUGGAAAAUUUAACCCUAUCCGAAAUACAAAAGGAAUUAAAACAAAAUGAAUUUCAUUUAUCUAGUCUUACUGGAGGCAUUAUUGCAUCAAAUCACAAUAAUUCAAAAAGGGUAAUAAAUAGUUCACAUUUAAACAACGAUGAUAUUGAUACACUUGAACAAGCGGACAAUUCAAAUAAUCGCGGGAUGUUAAAUAAAAACAUACAGUUAAACAAAAUUUUUAACUUCAAUUUGAAUAAUAAUUAUAAUAAUAGAAGUUUUAAUAAUAUUAACACUAUCAGUACGACUACAAGUACAAAUCAAGCGAAUUCUCUCCAAGAGAAUGAGACUAGUGAUCAAAAUAUAAAAUCAUCACAAGAAGUAAGUUCAACUAAAUCAAAAUCAAUGCAAUCAACAAAAGUAAGACCAAGUAGUCCAUAUUCUAAAUUUAUUCGAACUGCACCAGCCCGUAGUACUCCAUGUCCUAAAUCGGAUGCACUAACUUCAACACGGAUAAGUAGUAGUAAUAAAGGAAAUACUCCUGAAUUACCAAAAAGUAUUAUCUACUUAACUAGACCACCUGGAUUAACCUAUCGACUUGAAUUUCUAACAUCUAAUGUAUCCUUUGUUCCACUUUAUGUUCAUGCAAGACCUACACCACCAUUAGAAACUGAAAAGAAAAUACAACUUCGACCAUUUGAAUAUCCAGAAUGGGAUACAUCUGAUGUUGCUAAAUCAUUUGGUCAUGGUUUUUUACGUAGAAAAUAUGCUUUAAGUAUAGAUUCAAUUAAUUUACAAAAAUCAAUUAAAUUACCCUUACCACCGACACAAGUGUACACAGAUGAUUUGAAAUCAUUGACACAUAAACGUACUGUUAGUGAGUCGAAUAAAUCUGCUCUAACUGGACAUAUAUACUUUAAUUAUCGUGAUAUGAUUAUUCGGGUCCCAUGUGAAGCCUUGCCUAUAACACAGAUUAAAAUGCCUGUACAUGAAGAUAUUUUAGCAAAAUUAGAAAAAUUACAUAUGCCAACAUCAGAAACACGUAGAAACAAGGGGGUGAUUAUAGCACGUUAUGGAAAUGAUCUGUUACAGUUUAAUUUUAAAAUGGAAGAAAUAAAUUUAAGUCGGUAUGAAGUGAAAGGCACAGCUGCUGUACAAACAGAAGACAAAAUGGUGUAUAUACGUGAAAAAUCACAAAUAAGUGGACGAACAAUUUUGAUAGCUGUACCAGAGACAACAUAUUUUUAUAAAAAUCCAAUGGAAAAUAUACACCGACUACAUUUAAACUUUCAAGGAUCAAAUAUUAUGCCAUUGUGGAAAUAUCAAAUGAUGAAAGCUCGACUAGCUGAAAGAGAUGGAAUAAAAAUUAUCGAAGCGAAAAUUGAAGAUGCCUUUAGACGAACACGAGGAUCACGACUGUGCUUUGAUGGAUUGGAUGCAUUGAUAACAGUACAGACAGGGAUGCUUUGUUGUGAUAUACCGCAUGGAUAUAAUUUUUAUGAAAGUAUGAUGUUUGAAGAAUACAAUCCAUCACGGUAUAAACCAAAUGUUUAUCAGCCAAGAUUAUCACAGAAUAGGAAAAGUGAUACAAACCAGGAGGCUGAAAAUCCAGUGGAAGAAGAAAAAGCAGUUGAGAAUCCUGAUGUAAUUGAAAGUGAAGCAUAG